AUGCUGUCAGCGCCUGGACUCAGCUUUUUUGUAAAGACCUUCGGCUGCAUUUGGUGCUGCGAUGCUCUGAAACUGCACGACUACACCUCGCACAAUGGUUGGGACUCUUUGGCAACCGUGCCGGCGACACUGAGGAUUGAUGUAGGUCCAGGUGGUGGUCUGGGAAUUUGGGACCUUUUCACCUAUUUGGUGCCACACCAAGAACGUCGAGAACCCGGCACACUGCGAUCCCUGUCUAGUGAUUUCGUGGAUUUUAGUGGUUUUAGGAAAGCAGAUUCCUUCAAAACAAUUUGCCAACUUGCCUCGGCGGUGCCCAACUUUUUCGCCGCAGAAGUGCCAGUUCAGCGCUUCAACGAGAAGGAAAAUGAUGAGGUUCGGAUCAGAUUCAAUCUGACGUUAGAAGACUUCCCGGCCUUGUACCUCUUCCAGGACGCGCUUGGGGAAGGCUUGAGAUACACGGAUGCCGUGCAGACUCCCAACAUGAUCCGAUGGCUGCGAUCCAAGGGCAUUCUGAUGCCUUCCAUCACCAGCAUCGACGAGCUCGACGCUCUGGUGGAGCGGUUUCUGAGGGAUGCAGAUCCCAGGCAUGUGGAGCAGGCUAGGGAGACCGCAAAGAAGUACAGCACUGAUCCAAAAGCACCCAUAUAUGCAAAGACCAUGGAGAAGAUCUUGGAGAAGGGUGCUGGAUAUCCACAAGACGAAGUCGUCCGGGUCAUGAAGAUCCUGCAGGGCAAGGUACACCCGCAGAAACGCAAAGAUCUGGGAGAAAAAUUGAAGGUAUUGAAGGUCUUCGCAAGAUUAGAGGCCUGUGAUGUCUAUGAAUGCCCUGCUGGCUAUGAGAAGCGCUUCGGAGCUGCAGGCAUCAUCGGCAUUGAUAGGGAUACCUGCUGCAAGCCGCCGUGCCAGAGCACGGAAGGUGACGAGCACGACGCUCAAGGACACCAUUGCGACUACUACGACGAACGCACGGUGCAAGAGUGUGGAGACUGGGACACCAUGGGCUUCCGAGCGAAUCGCAUGUGUUGCGCCUGUGGAGGAGGAGUCACAAGGAUGCCUCAAGAUGAUUGA